AUGAUGCCACGCUGGACGCCAACGUUCGUCUCGGUGCUGCAGCGACCGCAACGCGUCAAGCCGCUGCUCGUGCGGUGUUUUGCUCACAAUGUGAAUAUGAUCUUGAAGGAAGACGUGCCAAAGCUCGGAUCUCGGGGGGAAGAGGUGUCUGUAAAAGCGGGUUACGCACGUAACUUUUUGUACCCCGAGAAGUUAGCGGUGUACGCCACGGCAGCUAAUCUUGAGAAGUACAAAGUUGACAAGGAAUCGGUGGACGAGACGCUGCUGGAGAAAGAGUACGAGCUCGAGGCUAUCAUUUACCAGUUGAGCAAUAUUGAGGUGUUUUUCAAGCGCCACACGGCCAGCAAGGCCGAUGUCAAGCUGCACAGUGAGGUGAAUGCUCAGAACAUCUCGGACAUGCUGGAGAAACAGCAUGGUCUCAUUGUGGGUGUCGCCCGUAUCGAUCUACCGACACCUCUUAAGACGCUGGGUGAGCACACGGUAAAGGUCCGUGUCGAUGAUGCGAUCGAGGAGGAGUACGCUGCUGGCGCGGUGGUGUCGGCGGCAGAAGGCGAGGCAGAGAGCAGUCUUGAGGAUGACGACAAGAAGCAGAAGAAGGGCCCUUCCAAGAAGAAAUGGGUGAGUCUUGCUAUUCAGAUCGAGCGACGGUAA